AUGGAAAACGGCCGCUGGUAUCAUGGCUUCCGGAGAGGCCUCUACAUGUACCCGUGCGACGAGCACGAGAACGACCGCAUGGACAUCUACCACCAAUUCUUUGCCGUCGCACGGAGAGGGCAGCUGCACCAGGCGCCGCACGCAAAUGUCAAGCUCCCCGAGUCCGUUCGCAAGUGUCAUGUAGAGCAAGUACGGGUUCAGAAUCCGACUGCACCGCCAGAGCCGCAAGCUGGCAAGAAGCGAAAGGCCGAGAAGGAGCCCGAGGUUAGUACCAUCUUAGUCUUCUAG